AUAUAAAGAAGGGGGAAGAUCAAAUUAGUUAACCAAUCGUAUCAUCUUUCUUCUAUAUAUCGUAUCUAGGGUUUUGGUAUGGGGAUUAUAUUAUUGAUCAUAUUGACAGUAGUUGUUGGUAAAAGAAGAAGAGAAAAAAAAAAGAAUUAAAUGUUAUUCAACGAAAUGAAACUUAUCAUGUUUCUUUGUAUAUCCUUUCAUGAGUGUAGAUUGGACAAUUCGAUUACUCAUAUUCAAUGGCAAGUUGGCAGGAAGAACUACAUAUCAAGAUUUGUUACAAUUUGCUUUUGGUCGAGCUGGAUUGAUUGCCAUUUCUAUUUUUCAAUUUGUAUUUGCUUUUGGAGGUAAGUAUGGAGAGAGAGAGAGAGAGAGAGAGAGAGAGAGAGAGAGAGAGAGAGAGCAGUCAAGUAAUGAGCUCCCAACUUUUUUUUUUUUUUUUGAUGAACAUAUGUAUAGGUAUGUGUGCCUAUUGUGUUAUUAUUGGUAAGUGAAAGAAAAAAGAGAAAAAGGAAAAAGGGAAUAAAUUUUAUGUUAUGGUACUGAUUGUUUUAUAUAUAUAUAUAUAUAUAUUUUAGGUGAUACCAUCCCACAUGUUAUUCGAUCAUUAUUCCCAUCUAUUGAACGAACACCAAUCUUAU